AUGAAGAAUCGAAGUUUGGGUCUGGAUUUAGGUGUAGUUGAGGACGCUAUAAUCCUCUCGAAUGCACAUCCACAACCACACCCCUGUAAUAGUCGUCCUAGUGAAGGUUUGAUUCCAGCACCACCAUCAACUGAACCGUUGUCUACAAAUGUCAUUACAGCAAUAUUAAUUAUCAUAAGUAAUAUAAAUAUUCAUGAAGAUACUACUUCAUCAUCAAUAAGUGAUCCAUCAGUUGUUUACAUACAAAAUUCAAUUGAUCUUCAUUUAAACUAUGAUCAACCCUGUUCAUCAAAUUCAAUUGACAAUCGUUAUUUUAUUUGUAAAAAUAAUUUUACAUGGGCAUGUCUACCAAAUACAUAUCACAAAUCAAUAAAAUCAAUGUGUUCAACUCAAUUAUCAGUACCCCUUUAUCCCCUAUGA